UUUUGUUAUUUAUUUUCGUUCGUAAUUCGCAUAUCUAUGUCAAAUUUAUUUCUUUGUAAUUAGACUGAAAGGAUUGAUUUUCACCUAAUUACUCUAUUUUUUUGUUUGAUUUCUAUUUUAUUUUCAUUUAUAUCUUUGUUUUUUGUAUUUCGUUCAAUUUGAUUUUUGGUCGAUUUUCGUUUAGUUCUAGGCUUUGUUUAUUUCGAUUUUAAUUUUUAGAUUUUAGGGUUUAUGUUUCCGUUUUGUGUACUUUUGUUGUUUAUUGUAAUUUGUGAAAUUUCAACUGGGUUGUUACUGAUAAUGGCACUGCCAUCCUGGUUGCCUUGAAAUCUUGAAUUGAGCUCCUGUAAGAUAUAUUGGUGGGAUAUCUUUGUGGUUAAUGGAAACCUGUAGUACUCAAUCUUGUUUUGAUGAGAAAGAGAUGUUGCCAUGGAGAUGGAGAUCUUUUUAUUCAUAAGUUAGAUGAGUGCAUAUUUUAUUUGUUGGUACCUUAUACCUUGACUAGGAAGAAAAUUAUAUUUCCUUUUCAGAUUGGAUACAAAGCUUCUGUUUGUACUUAUUAUUUUCCAUACGCUUUGCCAUCAACUAGUUUCUAGGUUAUGAUUGCUAUGCCUUUGAGUGAAUUAUUUGAUUGAAUGGUUUACUUGAGUAUUGCCUAUAAUGUAUAUGCAUCUUCAUGUUGUUUGUUGUAGCUGGAAUCGUAGUUCAUCAUGAAUUGUUGUGCUUUGUUUUAGUUGAAUCAAUGAAGGAUGUGAUGUGUUCUCCUGUUGGCUUAGAGUUGUUUGAUUAUGAUCAACAACCAGACACACUGUCCUUAUCUAAACUAAUUGUUACAAUAUCUUAUUUGAGCUUCUUGUUUUUCCAGUUUGCUUUUGAAAAUUCAUUGAAAUGUUUCUAUUUUUUCAUAUUUCAUGACCUUGUUUAUAUGUUUAAUAUUAAUACAGAGUCAGACAUUUUUGUAGGAGAAGGAAUAGAACCUGAGUUGGGAAACAAGGUUGAAAAUCGCUUUAGGUGCUGCGAAAGGAUUGGCUUAUCUUCAUGAGGAAUGUGACUGUUUCAGUGGACUUAACUGCUCAUAUGAUCAUAAGCCAUCCAAAAAUCAUUCACCUAGAUAUCAAGACAACAAGUAUUCUUAUUGAUGAUGAGUUUAAAGCAAAGGCAAGGAACUUCAUCCUAGCUAGCUGACUGAUAAGUUGCAUUUCUGAACUUCAAGUCAAAUGGUUAGAUGUUCUAUUGACCUAUUGAAAGUAUACAUUUGUGUGUGUAUAAUCUAUGCUACUCGGACUUGGAUAAUAUUAUUGUUGUUCUUCCUACUUUUGAUCUGAUGGUAAAAGGUGAAUUAAAGAAGCUUCUUGCACAAGCAAUAGGGUUAGAGCCACAUGAUCAAAAAUUGUUCUUCCGAGUGAGGGAGAAGGAUGAUGUUGAGACUUUGCUCAUGGCAAGUUUAAAGGACCACUAAAAGUUGUUGCUUAUGGAACGUCUUGCUAUCAAGGAGAAGAAAGUGGAGGAGGCAAGCAAAAAGGCAGAAAUAUCAAAGGCAUGUGCUACAGUUGCAGAAGUUCAGGCAGAGGUGGAUAAGCUUUGCCAUAGGGUCUCCGCCUUGCAAGAAGCUGUUUAUGUUGGGGCAAAGCUAGGUGAAAAGGAAUUUAUCCUCUUAACUGAGAUGCUUAUGGUUCAGUUGCUAAAACUGGAUAGCAGGCGGGAACUUCGUAGGAGGCGAAUUUUAGGUGAUAUUGCUAUACUUGGGAUGCGUUCGAGGCGGAGAUUUCGUUGUAGGAGACUUUUACCGAGUCAAAGUGGCCUACCGAUUGGAAUAUACAAGAGUCGAGAAAGCAUUGACAUUACAGGUUCGCAGAUGCAUCGCAUUGGGAAUCUGGAAUGGAGAGACUCGUUUUAUGACUAGGACAAUUCAAGUUGCUUUCGUAGGAACAUGUGUUUUCAGACAUUAGUUUUUAAGUUGGUGUGUUUUAGUUUCAAAUAUUGUUAUUGAUCUCAUAAGUUUUAAUAAAGUUGUUUUUAGUAA